AUUCGCACGUGAAAAAGUAAAGCUCCCUCAGUGAAAUUGUGAAAAUUAAAUAAUUUAAAAAUAUAUUUUGAAAACAUAUUAAUAAAACUAUCAAACAUAAAUUGAUUAAAAGCGAGUUAUUAAAGGAUUGCUCAUAAGUUUUUAUCAUUCGUGUCUUCCGAAUUUCAUUUGAGUACCGCAGUUUGCAGUACUCUUGCAGAAGUGCUAAAUAUUUCUUUUGAAAGUCAUUUCAACAAACUUUUCAUUGACAGAAGAAAAGAAAUUCAAGGACAAUUCUUUAUCUGCUACUAAAUUUAUUUGUAAAACUGUAAAUAAAAAGUUUAAGUGAUUAUAAACUAGUAAACAAAAUAAUCAGUAAUCUGUUUAUCAUAGAGAAAGAAGUAAACAACAUUUCUUCAUCUUAAGCUGAAAGAAAAUUAAUUUGUUCAAAAUAAAAACAGAAUUGUGAAAAUAUCGAGAAAAACAGAAAACGUUCAAAAGAAUUUAGAAAGUUUGUCAGGUGUAAAAGGAAUGGCACCGCCGAAUAGCCCACCGGAUGAUAAUGUCAAGUCUAUAAAAAGUGUUGAUAAUGAGUUGCUAUUGGACUGGGAGGCACCCAAGGCUCAAGGACUUUACGAUCCACAAAACGAACAUGAAGCCUGUGGCGUUGGAUUCAUCGUAGCGAUUGAUGGAAAGCGUAAUCAUAAGAUAUUACGCGAUGCUCAAACGCUGGCUGAGCGAAUGUAUCAUCGUGGCGCUUGUGCCUGUGAUAACGACACUGGUGAUGGUGCUGGAGUCUUGACAGCAAUUCCACAUGAAUUGUAUGCUAAAGAACUAGCUUCGGAGGGCAUUCAAUUACCAGAAUUUGGAAAGUAUGCUACUGGUAUCAUUUACAUGGACAAGAACAGUCAUUUGGAAGCAGAAAAAGACUUUGAAUCAUUGGCAGCAUCGCUUGGAAUAAACGUGCUUGGCUGGCGUGAUGUUCCAAUUAACAGCGAUGCGAUUGGCAUUGUCGCUCGUAAAAGCGAGCCGUUAUCACGUCAAAUCUUCGUGAGUGCAGAUCUUGAUAAAGAAGCUUUGAAGAAGCAAAUUUUUGUGUUGCGUAAGCGAGCAACUCAUGAAGUGACACAGCCUGGCCGACGCUUCUACAUUUGUUCACUCUCAACAUUGACAAUCGUCUACAAGGGAUUGUUUAAUUCGGAUCAACUUUGGCAAUACUACACGGACCUUCUCAAUCCUGACUUUGACACUUAUCUUGCACUCGUGCAUACACGCUUCAGCACCAACACUUUCCCUUCCUGGGAACGAGCUCAUCCCUUACGUGUGCUCGCUCACAAUGGAGAAAUUAACACUUUACGCGGUAAUGUCAACUUCAUGAAGGCUCGCGAAGGUGUCAUGAAAAGUGCAGAAUUUGGAGCAGAUUUGAAGAAACUUUAUCCAGUCGUUGAGCCUAAUUUGUCUGAUUCUGGAUCAGCUGAUUGUGUUGUUGAAUUUCUUACAAUGACUGGUCAAAGAAGACUUCCGGAGGCUGUCAUGACGAUGGUUCCCGAAGCUUGGCAUAACGACAAGACAAUGAGUCAAGAGAAACGAAACUUCUAUCGUUGGUCAGCUUGCGUUAUGGAACCUUGGGAUGGCCCAGCAUUGAUUUCAUUCACUGAUGGUCGUUACAUUGGCGCUGUUCUUGACCGUAAUGGCUUGCGACCAUCACGCUUCUAUGUCAUGCGUGACAACAUUCUUGUCAUGGCAUCUGAAGUUGGUGUUUAUGAUGUUGAUCCUAAAGAUGUCCUUUUGAAGAGUCGCUUGAAACCAGGAAGAAUGUUGCUAGUCGAUACUGAGAAGAAAGCGCUGAUUCAGGACGUCGAGUUGAAGACGAAGAUCGCAAAGUCGCGACCUUAUGGCGAAUGGUUAGAACAACAGAUCUUUUUGGACGAUAUUCGUCGUGAAGAUUUACUGAAGCAUGGAAAUGUCAACGGCAUAAAUCUCCCCAAUGAAUUGAAAAAGUACACAAAAGGUCUGUUCGACCCACGUUUGUCACUUCACGGCUACACCACGGAAACCGUUCAAAUGCUUCUUGUUCCAAUGAUUAAGAAUAAGAAAGAGGCUUUAGGGUCAAUGGGCAAUGAUGCUCCACUUGCUUGCUUGUCACGAUUCCAACCUUUGCCAUAUGAAUACUUCAAGCAAUUAUUUGCACAGGUCACGAAUCCACCAAUUGAUCCUUUCCGCGAGAAAAUUGUCAUGACAAUGCAAUGUCCAAUUGGACCUGAAGCGAACAUCUUAGAGCCAUCAGCUAAGCAAGUUCAUCGCUUGUGGUUGAAUAAUCCAAUCUUGAGUAUUUUCGACAUCGCUAUGUUGAAACGAAGCAAUCAUCGUGACUGGAAAACUGAUGUGAUUGAUAUAACUUUCGAUUAUCGUGAUGGCAUCGAAGGAUACAUCGACACAUUCCGUCGCAUUUGCAAUGAAGCUCAAGCUUCUGCUGAAGAGGGUCAUCAACUUAUUAUUCUUUCUGAUCGUGCUGGUGGACCUGCUAGAUGUCCAGUGUCUUCAUUGCUUGCACUCGGCUGCGUUCAUCAUCAUUUGAUUGAAACACGUCAACGAAUGAAAAUUGGCUUGAUUGUGGAAACAGCAGAAGCUCGUGAAGUUCAUCACAUUUGUGUUCUUCUCGGUUAUGGUGCUGAUGCAAUUUGCCCUUAUCUGGUCUUUGAAUUAGCGAAGUCACUUCGUGACGACGGCGUUUUGGAUCCAUCACUCAGUGACGAUGACAUUUUCACAGCUUAUGCCAAGGCAAUUGACACUGGCAUUGCUAAAGUCAUGGCUAAGAUGGGAAUCAGCACAUUGCAGUCAUACAAAGGUGCUCAGAUCUUUGAAGCUGUUGGCUUGGGAACGGAAGUCAUAGAUCGUUGUUUCCGUGGUACUCAAAGUCGCAUUGGUGGUGUCGGCAUGGAAAUCUUAGCCAGGGAAAGUCUUCAAAGACAUGAAAUGACUUUCUACAAUCUGUCACCAGACGCUCACAUUCUGCGCAAUCCUGGAAUUUAUCAUUGGAGAGCUGGUGGUGAAGGCCACAUCAAUGAACCUGGUGCUAUUGCAGCACUUCAGGAAGCAGCUAUAAGCGAAGACAAAAAUGCUUACAAGAAAUUCCGCGACACGACAAUGUUGAGUGUCAAGCAAUGUGCACUUCGCGGACAAUUGGAUUUCGUCACAAAUCGUGAGAAAAUUGACAUUUCUGAAGUUGAAGAUGCAAGUGAAAUUGUUAAACGAUUUGCAACUGGUGCGAUGAGUUUUGGAAGCAUUUCAUUGGAGGCUCAUGCGACACUCGCAGUUUCUAUGAAUCGAAUUGGUGGUAAAAGCAACACUGGCGAGGGUGGUGAGGAUGCUGAUCGUUAUUUGAAUCAAGAUCCGGAAUUUAACAAACGUUCAGCUAUUAAGCAAGUCGCUUCAGGUCGUUUCGGUGUGACAGCUGCUUACAUUGCGAAUUCCGAUGAUUUGCAAAUUAAAAUGGCGCAGGGUGCAAAACCUGGUGAGGGUGGAGAACUGCCAGGCUAUAAAGUGACGAAAGAAAUCGCUUACACACGUCAUUCAGUUGCUGGCGUUGGUUUAAUCUCGCCGCCACCUCAUCACGACAUUUAUUCAAUUGAAGACUUGGCUGAGUUGAUUUAUGACUUGAAAUGUGCAAAUCCCAAAGCUCGAAUCAGCGUCAAAUUGGUGAGUGAAGUGGGUGUUGGUGUUGUCGCAGCGGGAUGUGCAAAAGGAAAAGCUGAACAUAUUGUUGUGUCUGGUCAUGAUGGUGGAACUGGUGCAAGUUCAUGGACUGGCAUUAAAUCAGCUGGUUUGCCAUGGGAAUUGGGAGUUGCUGAGACUCAUCAAGUUCUUGUCCUUAACAAUUUAAGAUCGCGAGUGGUUUUACAAGCUGAUGGUCAACUUCGCACUGGAUUUGAUAUCGUCGUUGCAGCAUUGCUUGGUGCUGAUGAAUUUGGCUUCUCAACAGCUCCACUCAUCGUCAUGGGCUGCACAAUGAUGAGAAAAUGUCAUUUGAACACUUGCCCAGUUGGAAUUGCCACACAAGAUCCCGUCUUGAGGGAGAAAUUCGCUGGAAAACCUGAACACGUCAUCAAUUACUUCUUCAUGAUGGCAGAAGAGAUUCGAGAAAUCAUGGCGAGUCUUGGAAUUCGCAAAUUCCAAGAUUUAAUUGGACGAACCGAUUUGCUGUGUGUCAAGAACGAUCUGACAAAUGAAAAGGCCAACACAUUGGAUCUGCAAAUGGUGCUUAAGAAUGCAUUGGACAUGAGACCGAACACCAACAUUGUUGGUGGUUCUGUCAAACAAGAAUUUGGGUUAGAGAAACGUUCAGACAAUGAGUUGAUUGCCAGAUCGCAAGGCAUCAUUGAUGGUUCAGAGAAAUCGGUGACUAUUGACAUGAAGAUCGUCAAUGAAGAACGUGCAUUUGCAUCGACAUUGAGUUAUCACAUUGCGUGCAAGUAUGGCGAAGAUGGCUUACCCGAUGGAAGUUCAAUCAACAUCAAUCUUCGUGGAUCGGCUGGUCAGAGUUUCUGUGCAUUCUUAGCGAAAGGCGUGAAUGUAAAAUUGAUCGGUGAUGCCAAUGAUUAUGUUGGUAAGAGUUUGAGUGGCGGUCAAAUCAUCAUCACGCCACCACCAGAGUCACCAUUCGAAAGUCAUCUCAAUGUCAUCGUUGGUAAUGUUUGCUUAUACGGCGCGACAAGUGGAAAAGCUUUCUUCAGAGGAAUCGCUGCUGAACGUUUCUGUGUUAGAAAUUCCGGCUGCACUGCUGUUGUUGAAGGUGUUGGUGAUCAUGGUUGCGAAUAUAUGACUGGCGGAAUUUGCGUUAUUCUCGGAUUGACUGGGCGAAACUUUGCUGCUGGCAUGUCGGGUGGAAUUGCUUACGUUUAUGACAUUGACGGGACAUUUAUUGGUGGUAAAGUCAACACUGAAUCUGUUGAACUUGUGCCAAUGGAUCAAAAAGCUGAUCGUGAACUUGUUCAUGGACUUUUGGAAGAAUUCUUUGAGCAUACUGGCUCAGUUAUGGCUAAAGAUAUUCUCAAUUCAUGGCCAGGAAUUUGCUCGAAGUUCGUUAAAGUUUUCCCGUACGAAUAUCAAAAAGCAUUAAAAGCUUUGGAAGUUGAGAAAGCGCAAGUCAAGGAACCGAUCACAAAUGGAAUCGACAGUGAACCAAAAGUCAAAGAUAUCGAAGAAGCAGUUCAAGAUGGCGAUGCUGAACAACGAAAACUUGACAAGAUUCUUGACAAAACGCGAGGCUUCAUUAAGUACAAACGUCAAACCGGAAUCUAUCGUGAUGCUACUGAACGUCAGAAAGAUUACAACGAAGUUUAUAACUUCCAACACGUUCGUAAGAAUCUUCGAGUUCAAGCUGCACGUUGCAUGGAAUGUGGCGUUCCUUUCUGUCAAUCAAACACUCACGGAUGUCCUCUUGGUAAUAUCAUCCCACGAUGGAAUGAUUUGAUCUUCAAUGGCGAAUGGCGUGAAGCUUUAAAUCAAUUACUUCAAACCAACAACUUCCCUGAAUUCACUGGUCGUGUCUGCCCAGCACCAUGCGAAGGUGCUUGCGUCUUGGGAAUUUCUGAACCUGCUGUUACGAUUAAGAACAUUGAAUGUGCUAUCAUUGAUCAUGCAUUUGAACAAGGUUGGAUUGUACCUGAAAUUCCUGACUUCAGAACAGGAAAGAAAAUUGCAAUCAUUGGAUCUGGUCCCGCAGGUUUAGCAGCUGCACAACAAUUAAACAGAGCUGGACACACAGUCACCGUUUUCGAACGAAAUGACAAACCAGGUGGUCUACUUCAAUAUGGAAUUCCAACAAUGAAGCUUUCAAAGGAGGUCGUUAAACGACGAAUUGAUUUAAUGGAAGCUGAAGGCAUCAACUUUAAAUGCAAUUCAAAUAUUGGUGUUAACAUUAAAGCGUCUGAUCUUGUCAGUGAUUAUGAUGCUGUUCUUAUAACAACUGGAGCGACAUGGCCAAGAGAUCUUCCUUUAGCAAAUCGUGAUCUUAAAGGCAUUCAUUUUGCGAUGGAGUUCUUGGAAGCUGGUCAGAAGCAACAACUUGGUACACGCAAAGAUUGCAUAUCAGCUCAAGGCAAAGAUGUCAUAAUCAUUGGUGGUGGUGACACUGGCUGUGAUUGCAUUGCGACAUCAUUGCGACAAGGUGCAAAAUCAAUUACAACUUUCGAGAUUCUUCCAACACCACCAGAAAAACGUGCUGCUGACAAUCCAUGGCCACAAUGGCCAAGAAUCUUCAGAGUUGAUUAUGGUCACGAAGAAGUCAAAGUGAAGUUUGGCAAGGAUCCACGUCAAUACAGUACAACGACAAAGGAGUUCCUUGACGACGGUAAUGGAAACCUGAAAGGUGUAAAUACUGUCGAAGUUGAAUGGACAAAAUCUCCAACUGGUCAAUGGCAAAUGAAGGAAGUUCCUGGAACUGAAAAGUAUUUCCCAGCAGAUUUAAUUUUGUUGGCUAUGGGUUUCUUGGGACCUGAAAAGAACGUCCCAACAGAAAUCGGUUUGCCAUUGGAUAAUCGAGGAAACAUACAAACACCGAAUGGAACUUAUGGAACGCCAAACCCAAAAGUUUUUGCAGCUGGUGAUUGUCGACGUGGUCAAUCGCUGAUUGUUUGGGCGAUUUCUGAAGGUCGUCAAGCAGCCCGUCAAGUUGAUUCCUUCCUUACUGGUCAGCCAAGUACAUUGCCUGGACCAGGUGGUGUUAUAGAUCCUAACAGACCGUUCUAAAUUUGUUUAGAUUUUAACUUGCAAGCUUAAACACUCAAGUUUAAUUCAUUUAUGUUUUUAUGACUAGGUGGCAAUGGCAUGUCAUGAAAUCAACUUUCAUUAAAUGAUGAUGAAUGUUCAAUUGAACUGCUUUGCAAAGUUGUGAAUGCAUUUGAUUAAAAUUUCAAUUAUUCAAUUAAGAGCUUUGGAAAUCUCGGAAAUCAGAACAGCAUUUGUUGCUGUCUUUGACAUGAAAUGAUUUCAGCACAAUUUCUUUUCUAAUUAAGCUUUUUGUUUUUAAAAUUAUCCUUGAAAAUUGAAAUUUUCUUUUUAGUUAAACUUACUUUUUAUUUGAGAAGGUAGAAAAACGAAAUAUUUAAAGAUAUUAAAUAAAAAAGAUUGAAGAUGUAACGGAAAACAAUAAUUAAAUUUUAUCUAUGGUAAUAUUUAAAGUGGCAUUAUGUGAUUAAAAACAUUAAUGUUUAAGAUAUUAUCCACAUCGAUUGAUGAAGGAGAAUAAUUUUGCUUUAAAGCAUCUAGCUGAGAUGUUUAAUUAGUUAUCUAGAUCAUUUUUAAGUAGAUUCUGUGCAAAGCACAAAUGUUUUGGAAUGAUCUCGCUUUGAAGCUUUUCUCUUUAUUCGCUCUUUAUAAGCAGCAUUUUGAUUCUUUCUUAUUAUUUUUUUUACUUGAAUUCUCAUUUUUAGAAACAUUGGAGUUAUUUAAAUAAAGUAAAUAUAUAAAUAAAUAUGUCAUUGAUUUGUUGUUGAAAGAUUUUUCAUUUUAAAAAAAUAUAUCUAUGAAUAUUUAUCACCUAAAAUUCUAAUGUUCAAAUUAUAGUUAUAGAGAUUUGGGAGUGAGUCGACUUUCCCAGGGUGCCACCAUAACGUUAAAUAACGUUAAAAUAAUGUUAUGGUGGUACCCUGAAAAGGACACUUUAACCGAGAUUUGUUCUGUAUCUGCUUGAAACCACAGCCGUCUACUACACUUUAACUAUCUAAUUAAUUUUCAAAAUAAAAACAUUCAUUUUUUCCAUAAAUUUAUCACCGUUUUCAUUUACAAAUCUGCAUAAUUAUCUUACUUAGUUACUAGUAACGAUGGUUAUAUCGUCGUAUAGAACAUAUCGUUGAUUAUCAAUGAUGAAAAAUAGUUGAAGCAGUCCAACUGUCAAUGCAUGAUUAUUUUGUUUAAACAAAAUUUAAUGUCAAUUAAAAUAAUUAAAGUUUAAAAAUAUUUAGACGUACUUAUGGAUAUACUUUGGGUGGAAGAAAUCCUAUAAAAAUUUAAACACCAGAAAAAGAAAUCACUGUAAUAAUAUUUAUUAAAAUCAUAUUCUGCAUCCCAACGCACUUUCACUUGAAAAUUUAAUAUUUUCUGUAAUCUAAAUGAAGCAGAUGCUUCGAAAGUUUCUGAAAAUUUAAAGAUUCUAUUGAAAUAAGAGAAAUAUCGACUCUACAAUGCCGAAGUCAGAAGACAAUAAUUAGAGAAACAUUAGAAUCAUUUCAAAAUAAAAAUUUCACAAGACAUUUAUUAAAAGUUAAGCUUGAUCAGAAUAUAAGACUCUUCAUGAGAGAAAUAAAAAUGACAGAAAGAAAACAAAAAUCUAUAUUAUAUGAUAUGUUAACUUAAUAAUUAAGAUUAUUUGAUCAAUAAAAUGCAAAACUAGGGGA